UAGUAUGAAUUUUCUGGAGUGUGUCUCGCUGUCAUGUAAAUGCGAUAGUGAUUACGUGGCGGCAUGUUAAAGGCGGUAUGAAAUUGGCAUUUCUGCUGCUCGAAAAAGCAUUAAUUCAUAAGUUUGGGGCUGUUUUCUGCAUACCAUUUGUCCUCAUUUAUGAAUUGUAAUCGUGUUUUGUUGCAGACUGCCAAGAGCUAUAUAAGUCUAUCCAGAAAUUUAACUAUGUCAUCAAGUGAUUCAUUAGUGGUUGCUGUUUGCCAAUUGAAUUCAACUGCAGAUCGAAGUAAAAAUUUUGAAGUCUGCGAAAAUUUUAUAAAUGUUGCAUCAUCUCGCCAAGCUAAGAUGAUAUUUUUCCCAGAAUGUUUUGAUCAUGUUGGAGAAAGCAAAGAACAAUCUGUGCAAUUAGCUGAAACUUUAAACGGACCUCUUUUGGCCCAGUAUAAGCAGUUAGCUCAAGAAAAAUCAAUUUGGCUGUCAUUGGGAGGAUUUCAUGAAAAGAGCCUAAAUGCUGAUGAAAAAAGAGUUUAUAAUUCUCAUAUAAUCAUAAAUUCUGCAGGAGAAAUUGUGUCUGUAUAUCGUAAAAUUCAUUUGUUUGACAUUGAUGUUGCUGGGGGUGUAAGGCUGAGAGAAUCUGAUUAUACAAUUCAAGGGAGAGAAAUUUUACCACCUGUCAAUACUCCUAUUGGAAAAGUUGGUUUAGGUAUUUGCUAUGAUCUACGCUUUCCUGAGUUUUCAUUAUCGCUGACCAAAGCUGGAGCUGAAAUUCUAACAUAUCCAUCAGCAUUUACCCAGACAACAGGCAUGGCUCAUUGGGAGCCUCUCCUAAGAAGUAGAGCAAUAGAAUCACAAUGCUAUGUAAUUGCUGCUGCCCAAACGGGUAGGCACAAUGCUAAAAGAUCCUCAUAUGGGCAUGCUAUGGUUGUUGAUCCUUGGGGUUGUGUCAUUGCCUCUUGCAGCGAAGGCAUAGGAAUAGCAUUUGCUGAAAUAAAGCCUGCAUAUAUUAAAAAAAUUCGCUCAGAGAUGCCAGUAUGGAUGCACAGACGAGAGGAAUUGUAUGGAAGAAUCUUUUUUCCUGAGUGCAAAGAAUCAACUCCUGAGAUGUAUAUGUUUGGAAGCUUUAACCUUUCACCAGAGCAGAUAUUUUAUAAGACAAAACAUUCUAUGUCAUUUGUCAACAAAAAGCCAGUACUGCCAGGCCAUGUACUUGUGGCACCACUUCGGUGUGUCAAACGUUUUGAAGAUUUGUCUCAGAGUGAACUAAGUGAUUUGUUCAUGAAUGUGCAAUUUGUACAGAAAAAGAUUGAAUCAGAAUACAAUGCUUCCUCAUCAACAAUAGCAAUUCAGGAUGGCCCUGAUGCUGGACAAAGCAUACCACAUGUCCAUGUUCAUAUUUUACCCCGAAAGCCAGGAGAUUUUAAAAGAAAUGAUGAUAUUUAUCACCAGCUUCAAGAACAUGAUAAAUCAGAGGAUGGAAAAUACAGAUCACCAGAAGAGAUGGCAGAAGAAGCUAACAGACUAAGAAAACAUUUUCAAAAUUUCUAGUAUGUUUAAAGAUGAAUGAAUAUGCUUUUGUUAUAGUAUGUACAGUAAUAAAUGUUUCGAGAAAAAGAUUAAAAACAGAAUAAUAAAAUUUCAUUUUUAUUCUUUUA